AUGACACGAGUCAUGUCCUCAAGCAUGCUUGAGGCUUACUGUGUCGAUCCAGCGGCUCUGUUUACCAUUCCAGAGCAUGACUUUCUGCAUCUAAUCUACCGAAAUUUCACAGAUGAAAUUGACCGCCUGAAGCGAGCAUAUUCUAUCCGAGGCUCGUCAGUCAAUGUCUCUUCCACACCAUCCCCGUCUCAGAUACUUUUGGGAUCAGAUUAUGACGAAGUCAACCGCACCCUGGUCAGUGUUCUCGCGCUGCGGUGGAUCCAUAACGGACAAUACGAAUCGUUCGUGGGAAACCAGCCGGCUGCGAUGAAGUUAUCUCACCGGUCAUUUACAUGGAUCCAAGAUCUCUACCGAGAAUUAAUGCAGCACGGGGGUCUUCUUGCCCUCAUCAUUUCUAUCGUGAUCAACGAUCUAGGAAAGGACCCGUUUCUAGCCCAUGACUAUUUCCGUUUAACCGGCCAUGAUAUUUCUGGACUCAGUCAUGACCUGAUCCUGCUGAAGGCAGUCCAAGUCGGUCUUGUCGGCUGUCUUGACCGACUGUCGCACGAUGAUAAGGCUGAUGUAUUACGCGGCUUAGAGCUGGGUGCGUCUUUGAAUUUCGGGCAGCUCGCACAGGCUGAAAACAGCCCCGCCUCCCUGUCAAAGCUGAUGGACAUGAAAUGCCACCGCCGGGCAUUUGACCUGCAUUUCAUGGAGCAGAUCCUGGACGUCGCUGGUGCAGCGGGCCACAUAGACUGGACCUGCGCCCAGAAACUGACCCAACCAAUCUUUGACGCCUAUCUCAGCGCUUAUACCUCCUGCAUCAGAAUUACUUCAGGGGAACUCACGUUACGGGGCGGGUACGAUCUCGUCCUGAUCCAACGGGCUAACGCACUCCACGAACAGGGGUUCCGACCGUUAGAUGUUCGGGCGCCAGAGGACCGAGCUCUCAUGCGGCUUCUAUGCAUGGGAGGCGUGACGGACCUCCCGACCGCACAAUUGUAUGAGACGGCGUGGGCGUCUCUCGAGGCCUCUUUGCAAUUGCCGCUCCUCCAUGCGCUCAACCGCGAUGGUUCGGUGACCGUACCGGCCGUGCAACCCACUUAUGCACCGGCCCUGUUCACCUCCGCUCUCGCAUCAAUCAAGCAAGGAGACCAAGGGGAAAAACAGAAGCUCUUGACCGGGUUAUUCGGGUAUCUCUCGCGGGUAAUGACCUUAACCGAGCCUCUUGACGACCCCUCACCUGUCGUGGAGCGAAGUCUCCUGUGGGUGGUGAAGGAUUAUGUGGAGAGUGGUCUGCUUCGGGACGACCCGGGCAUCUUGGGCCGUCUCGAGGUUCGGUAG